AUGGUAUACAAUUCGUUGACCGAAGCUCCACGUAACCUCAAGGAGUGCUUUGAUUGGCUGGUGGCCCUGAAGGGAGCAGAUGCAAAAAAAAAUUUGGCUGCUAUGGGUGCUGCGGUUUACGGUUUUCUCGUAGAUAAGCCUGUCGGCACUUUGCUUAUACCAUCUCUAGAGAAAGUGAAACGCCUUUCCAAAGAGUUCCUGGAGCAAAAAGAGCUUAGGGACCGGCCAUACGUAAAAGAAGUGCUGAAUAGAUUUAAAGAGCCUAUGAAUAAAGACUUCCGCAGGUUCCGUGACGUUUAUGGUGACAGCAAAAGCGACUAUAAGAAUGUAGUAAAGGCCAGGGGCGUAAAACCUGAAGAUAUCGCAAGGAACGUAACUCGUACUGUGUCUAGUUGUGAGAAGUUCUUGGAUGAUAUAAAAAUCCCUGACCAGUAUAAGUCUGCUUACAGUUCGGAAGCAACGUGGGAGGCGUCAUGCUCUAAAAACCCAGAAGCGUGCGCAGUGGUCCUCGUGGGGAUUGCACCAAUGUUGUACGUAGGCGUAGGAUGUUUGUGGGUUGAGAGCUAUGAUGAUUACAUAUUCCGUGGAACUUCUAACAGAGAUAGGCGUUUGGGAAAGAUAAUGAAAGCGUUGGGUUUCGUAGAGCCGGGGUGCCGCGCUGGCAUUAGUGGUUCAGAUGUCCUCCAGACGUUGAGAAAUACGGAUGAAGAUUUAGUGGACAUACUCUACGACUUUGCUGGUUUCUGGGCAUUCUAUUGA